UGUAACCCCCCUCCUACAUUUGUACCAUGUUCUUCCCACCAGCAAUGUAAGCUUAACCAUAUACUACAGCAUACCAUUUUGGACUCACAAUUAUUUUAUUUGGUAUCCUCCCCUUUCAAACUCUGCUUCUUUAUCACACGUUAUUACCACUACUAACCCUAAUUAGGGUUCACAUUCAACGGAUAUAUGAACUGAUCACCAAUAUAUACAGUUAACCAAACCCCCUCCCAUUUCUUAAUUCAUAUUAAUUACAAAAGAAAAAACUACUUCUCCUUUGCCUCCUUUUCUUUAAUCAUCAGCAGCCUGCAAUAAUUCUUAAUUCAUACCCUCUACAAGAAGAAGGCAAAGGAUGAUGAUGUCAGUCCUUUGGUGAUACAUGCCCAACGCAAUCCACGUGGCGUCACGAAUGAUGUCACUUGACCUCCAUUGUCAUUUCUCAGGCCUACAAAAGAUCCCAAAUUCACUCCCCCAUUUCUUCCAUGCAAUCACCUCUGAACCCAUUUCUUCCCUUUCCCCUUCCCACCUUAACAAUGGCUGAAGUUUACCCAAUCAACAGCUUUUCUCCCAAUACAAGGAUUCCUAUAGAAGAUGAUGAAUCCCAUCCACAUGUCAUCACCAUUAGUCCAGAGGAGAGCAGCACUGAGGCCAACAGUGCCAACCCAAUUGAGGCAUGGCUGCCCUUAACAGAAUCCAGGGAGGGGAAUCUCUGGACUUGUGUCUUCCAUUUGAUUUCUUCUGGAAUUGGAGUUCAAGCUCUCUUGCUCCCUGUUGCAUUUGCUUCACUUGGAUGGGCAUGGGGAACCAUAUGUUUGUCACUGGGUUUCAUAUGGCAGCUCUACACCAUCUGGGUUCUAGUCCAGCUCCAUGAAUCGGUCCCCGGAACUCGGUACAGUAGAUUCCUUCAGCUAUCAAUGGCUGCAUUUGGUCCAAAGUUGGGGAAACUGCUGGCACUGUUUCCAGUGAUGUACCUGUCAGGAGCUUCCUGCGUGGUGCUGAUCAUCAAUGGCGGGAAAGCCAUGGAGCUCUUCUUCAAUGAGGUCAGAGGGACUAGCAGCUCCGCGCUGACUGGGGUAGAAUGGUUCUUGGUGUUCACAGCCAUGGCUAUACUGAUGGCUCAAGCUCCAAACCUCAAUUCUGUUGCUGGAUUCUCGCUGGUUGCAGCCAUCACAGGCAUUGCCUACUGCACUUUCCUGUGGGCACUCCCCGUCGCGAAAGGCAGGGUUUCUGAUGCUGAUUAUGGAUCACCAUCAUCAGCAAAUGAAUCUGGCAUGGGGAGAAUGAGUGAUGUGCUGAAUGGAAUUGGGAUCAUCAUGCUUUCUUUCAGAGGCCACAAUCUUAUUCUUGAAAUCCAGGGGACAUUGCCUUCAGGACAGAAGAUUCAAUCUAGGAAGACAAUGUGGAGAGCUGUGAUGAUUUCAUAUGCAAUUGUAAUGAUCAUCUUGUUCCCUCUAGCAAUUGCAGGGUUUUGGGCUUAUGGAAACAAGGUGCCUUCCAGUGGAGGAAUGCUGAAGGCAUUCUCAUCAUUCCACGGCUCGAGCACUUCGAAGCCACUGAAAGGCCUCAUCUACUUGCUACUUCUAGUCAACUGCCUGACCUCAUACCCGAUCUACGCCAUGCCGGUUUUCGACAACUUGGAGCUCAGUCUCAUCUCCCAAAAGAAGAACAACAAGCCGUGCUCGAGGCUCGUUCGAGCCUGCUCGAGGCUGUUCUUCGGAGGGGUGACGUUCUUCAUCGCCGUGACUUUCCCGUUCUUGCCUAGCCUGGCUCCAUUGAUAGGAGCCGUGGCUCUGCCUCUGACUCUGGCCUAUCCUUGCCUGAUGUGGAUUGCGAUGAAGAUGAAGGUGAAGAAAUCCGCACCCAACACGGAUUGUAAAAGUGGUGGAGAUGUGGCGGUUUGGGGUUUGAAUUUGUUGCUUGGUAGCUUGGGGAUGGCUUUGUGCGUUCUUUUGGUGGUUGGAGCUGUUUGGAGCUUGGCUGACAAAGGCCUCCAUGCCAAUUUCUUCAAACCAGAAUGAAAACUUUAAGUGUAGAGUAGAACUAUGUAGCUUAUAGUAGUGAUAGCUAGGUCAAUUAAAGUUUUGGAGGAAAUGGUAAAACUAACCACUCUAUUUUUGUUAAUUUUUACCUCUUGACUGUAAACCGUAUGCAAAUGGGAAGAUUAACGAGUUUAGCGUACAUUUUUGUUCGUAUUUGGUUAAUAUUAUGAUAUAUCGGAUUACAAAUGCUCCAUUCAUUUUUACUCAUAAUUUUUUUCCUUGUCAUUAAAUUUGUUCUUAUGUGUAUCGAACAAUUUUUAGCAAUACUAAACAAAUAAAAAAAAAUAUGUAAAUAAUUAUCUCGUAAACUAAAUUCAUAUUUCUCCUAUGACAUGGGCUUGCUGCACUCACCAGGCCUCAAAGUCAGAUCCAUGAGAAAUCAAAAGCCCACGGUCCAUUUCUAAUCAUUCUGUUGGCGGGAGCCCAUAUUCAUCUCCUCUUGCCCGCCGGUGGCCGUGCAAUUGCUGGCAAGGGAAGCGGAGGAGCCACGACGGGGAUGAUUUCUGCCCUUCCCGGCGCUAACCCGCAGGCCGCCUCCAGUUCCAAGCCCUACAACAUCAAUCAAAUGAUUGGGUUCACGUAUUCCUUUGUUCUCAGCGCCUGCGCCAAGUCUGGUUCCUUGACAGAAGGCCUGCAGCUUCACGGGAGAGCUUUGUCGACUGGGCAUUGCUUGAACAACGUGUUUGUGAAUAGCGAGCUUGGUUAACAUGUUCGCCACGGCAGGUGGUGGAUCCCGGACGGAUUGCGCCCGUCGGGUGUUUGAUGAAAUGUUUGCCACUUGGAAUACUGUGAUCGGCGAGGAAGGUGUUUGAUGAAAUGCCCGAGAGAAACGUUGUCUCGUGGACCACUAUCAUCGCUGGGCAUGCACGAAGUGGCAAGCGUAAGAAAGCAUUGUAUCUGUUUGGUGGCGGCCUUGCCAGCUUGUGCUGAAAUUGGGGAUUUGGAGCUGGGUAAGUGGAUUCACUCUUUCCAUGACUAUGCCUAUGAAACCAAAUGAAAGCCAAUCAGCACUAGUUUUGGGUUGGAGUGAAUGGUUUAGACUUGAGCCAAUCACGUGGAACCUACGAGCAUUUUGAUGCUAAUGCAUAGAGAUUCCCACAUCAAUGGUUUUUUAAUUCACCAUUAGUGCUGAUUUGAUGCCUUGACAUCGAAACUAUUACCCACAAAGCCAUCAACCACCAAACACAAAGCAGCAAGCUGCUGCACAUCCUCGGUUUCACCACACCGUCCAGACCGACCUUUCAGGUCAGUUACUUUCUUUAUUUUUACCACUUUUUCAACCGUCCUCAGCCGACAAUGCCGGGCAAUGGUCACGCUACCCUUGCCACAGUUAAAUGUCUUUUUCCCCCAUUUUCAGCAUCUCUCAGUGCUUGCUUUCUCCUAUAAAUAUUUGCUACAUCC